AUGAUAGUAACACUGAAGCCCCAACAUGGAAAGGCAUGGAUUUUUAUGAAGCCUUUUACCAAGGAAAUGUGGGCAGUGACUGGUGCCAUCUUGAUGUACACUGUGUUCAUAGUUUGGCUUUUGGAGCGUCAAUCAAAUCCAGAGUUUGAAGGCCGGUGGCAGAAUCAAUUAGGCACAGCUCUUUGGUUCACUUCCUCCACACUCUUCGCUGCACAGAGGGAUAGGGUUCAUAACAGUUACACCCGUGUAGUGGUCUUGGUGUGGCUUUUCGUUGUGUUGGCAUUAUCUUCGAGCUACACUGCCAGUCUCUCUUCGAUGCUCACCACCCAACGUCUUCAACCGAAUGUAACCGACAUAGAUUGGCUGAAGAAGAGCAAUGCAACAAUUGGAUGCGGCAGCUAUUCGUUUAUAAGUUUGUAUUCGGAGAAUGUGCUUAAUUUUGAUCCUAGGAACAUCAAGGCAAUUAGCAGCGAAUAUGACUACCCGGGGGAAUUUGAGAGCGGCAACAUCAGUGCAGCAUUUGUUGAACACCCUUAUGCAAAGGCCUUUUUGAAAUACUACUGCGAGGGAUACACGCUUGCCCAACCCAUAGGAGGAGUUGAGCAUAGAUUUGGAGGCUGGGGCUUUGUAUUUCAAAAAGGCUCUCCAAUUGCUGAAGAUUUCUCCCAAGCUAUUCUAACCUUAUCGGAGAAUGGUAGGUUAGAACAAUUGAAAACUACGUGGUUUAUUCCUUCUCCCAAGUGUUUCAACUCUCAAACUCCUGACAAGGGUGAUAGCUUGAGCUGGUAA